UGGGGGCACUAGGCGCCUGCGCUAUCACAAACCUGCGAGGAAAAGACGAAGAAGAGUUCGACAUUACACCAGAAGUAAACAACCAUGAGGAUGGCAGAGGAAAACUAUUCUGAAAACUUGGAAGUAACAAUGGAUGAUGUUAAAAACCUUGUUAAAAAGAAAGAAGAAAUUGAAGAACAGAUAAAAGCUUAUUACGAUGUGUUAGAAGACCAAGGUGUGGGAGUUGCGGGCCCCUUGGUUGACGCAGAGGGCUACCCCCGAGCAGAUGUUAAUUUAUACCAAAUCAGGACAGCUCGACACAAUAUUUCAUGCCUGCAGAACGAUCAUAAGGCCAUCAUGGUGGAGAUUGAAGAAGCCCUGCACAAGCUCCAUGCUCGAGAGAAAGCUAAGCGGGAACAGGAUGAGGCAGAAGCCCAGGAAGAGGCAGAAGCCCUGGAUGAGGCGAUGGAGCAACAGGUCACUCUGCCUUCUCCCUUUGCACGGGUGGAAGCUGUGACACAAGGCUCGCCUGCCUGUGCAGCUGGACUCCGAGUUGGUGAUGAAGUCAUUGAAUUUGGCUCUGUGAACAGUGAGAACUUUCAGAACCUCCAGAACAUCGCUACUGUGGUCCAGCACAGUGAAGGGAAACCCUUACGAGUCACAGUCAUCCGGGACGGCCAGAAAACUCCCAUGAGCCUGACUCCACAGCGAUGGUCAGGCAGAGGUCUGCUGGGAUGCAACAUUGUUCCAAUCCAUCGAUGAUCACCACGACAGUGUGUCGAUCUUUGUGAAACACUUUCAUUUACAUUACUCUGGAUGUUUCAUACUGAAUUUGUACAUAAUGCAGUUUUUCAGUAUCUUAAUCAAAACUGGAAAAAUGUCCUUCAUACAAGUGCAGGCUUCUGAAUGGGAUACAGGAAAAUGUUUCAGUCAGGCAAGAGAUGCUGAGUUCAUUGCUACUUCAUACUAUGAUUCGAAUCCUACAACAAACAAUUGAUUGUUGGCAUUAAAGGUUGAGCAUUUGUCUUCAGAGGAACAAUAAAGUAUUCACCAAAUGUCACUGCAGUUAGCACAUUUUAUUAA